CGGAUUGUUUAUCAGUAUUCCAAGUAUAUUCACAUAGUGUGCGUGUGCUACCAUGGCUCCUGAAAUUAAAUACACUAAGUUGUUCAUCAACAACGAGUGGGUGGACGCCAAAAGUGGAAAAACCUUCGACACGUAUACUCCUCAUGAUGGCUCUGUCAUCGCAAAGGUUGCAGAAGGAGAUAAGGCAGACAUAGACUUGGCAGUGAGUGCAGCCAAGGCAGCGUUCCACCGAAACUCAGAAUGGAGAUUGCUAGAAGCCUCAGCACGCGGCCGAAUCCUCAACAAGUUUGCCGACCUCGUAGUUCGCGACGCAAAAUAUCUCGCCGAACUAGAGUCUUACAAUAACGGCAUGCUUCUCAACUUUGCUAUCACCUUGUCGGGUAGAUACGAACAGACGAUUCGUUAUCUGGCCAGUUUGGCUGAUAAAAUUCAAGGCGACACUCUGCCGCAAGAGGGUGACAGUUUGGCGUUCACGUUGAAACAGCCGGUUGGUGUAUGUGGAUUGAUUUUGCCAUGGCACUUCCCCAUUGCGAUGUUCAUCAGCAAAGUCGUAACGGCUUUAGCUGCAGGAUGUACCGUAGUAAUAAAGCCCGCAGAGCAGACCCCGCUGACAGCGCUCGCACUGGCUGCCCUGCUGAAGGAGGCUGGCGUUCCCGCAGGAGUAGUGAAUGUGGUCAACGGGUUCGGUCCCGGCGCCGGUACCUCGCUCACACACCACCCGGACGUCGCCAAGAUCUCCUUCACAGGCUCUGUUGAGGUUGGAAAGCUAAUUCAGCAAGCUGCCGGCAAGGUCAACUUGAAGCGGGUAACUCUUGAACUUGGAGGCAAGAGCCCGCUCAUAAUCAUGAAUGAUGCUGAUCUGAAUGUAGCGGUUCCAACAGCAGCAUUCGGUGUAUUCGCUCAUCAAGGACAGAUUUGCGUGGCCGCGUCACGUCUGUUCGUCCAGUCUGGAAUCUAUGAGUUCGUCGAAAAGGCAGUGGAGUUCGCCAAAAACAAGAAGGUUGGAAACCCCGCCGACGCUGCCGUAGAUCAAGGGCCUCAGAUUGACGGGGAGAUGCUCGACAAAGUGCUCGGCUACAUCGAGAAGGGUAAAAAGGAAGGCGCGAAGUUGUUGACUGGCGGGAAACGUAUUGGCACAACUGGCUUCUACGUCGAGCCCACCGUGUUCGCUGAUGUUAACGAUUCUAUGACUAUUGCUAAAGAAGAAAUCUUUGGCCCUGUGCAGAGCAUCCUAAAGUUCGACACGCUAGAGGAGGUGAUCGACCGUGCCAACAACACGAGCUACGGGCUUGCUGCAGGCAUCUUCACCACCAACUUAAAUAACGCACUGCAGUUCGCAAAGCAUGUAGAGGCUGGCAAUGUCUGGGUGAAUGGCUACUUAAUGGGAAGCCCGCAGACGCCGUUCGGCGGUUACAAAGACUCAGGCCUCGGUCGUGAGAGUGGAUUCAACUGCGUCGACCCUUACUUGGAAGUGAAGAGCGUUACCAUCAGCUUACCAAAGAAGUUUUAAUAAGAGUCAGGAACAACACAAUUUUUCGAACUGUUUGUUAUUUAAAUUAUUUAAGUAUUGUAUUGGUUGGAGUUAUCUUGUUCCUACUAUUAAAGAUUUCUAUUUAAUA